GCAGCAGUGUGAGGAGACCUGAAAGUGGCACAUGGCAGAGUGUGGCGAUGGAGACAGCAGCAAUGGGAGGCCGUACAGCACCCUAUGACAAAAUGGAACCCACCAGCAGUGUGAGGAGACCUGAAAGUGGCACAUGGCAGAGUGUGGCGAUGGAGACAGCAGCAAUGGGAGGCCGUACAGGGACCCAUGACACACUGUGGACCUGGCAGCAGCAUGAGGAGGCGGUACAGGGGCCCAUGGCAGAUUACGGGCCUGGCAGCAGCAAUGGGAGGCCCGUAAUCUGCCAGCACCCUAUGACAAAAUGGAACCCACCAGCAGUGUGAGGAGACCUGAAAGUGGCACAU